AUGCUUUUCACCAGAUUUCACAACUACUAUAAGUCAGAAUGUAUCUCAUGUGUCGGUGAACAACAAGAUUCACCAGAAGUUGUUAGCAGGCUGAAAGGUAAAUGUUUUCAAGGUGUACAAUGGCUAGCUCUCACAGGCCUUCGGUACGGAACACUGUCCCCGCAAAAACUGUCCGCCAUCCACCAGUCUUCUCUUAAUAGCCUUUUCCUUCAGAACACAGGGAUAACCGGCCUGGCCGACGCCAUUUUCGAAGAUUUUACUUGCUUGCUGAGUCUGUAUCUAGACUAUAACGCGUUAACACACAUUCCAAGGCACUGGUACAGCACUUCGCCAGUGUUAAACCUCAAACAGCUCUCAAUCUCUCACAACGAAAUCUCCACUUUGGCUCCGGGAUGUUUUGAAAACUUGCUCGGUCUCGAAGCGUUAGACUUACAAAACAACUCCUUCCUACAAAUACAUGACGACUGGUUUGCGGGGUUGAACCAAUUGAAAUCACUAAUUCUAAGUAAGAACCCAAUAGAAGCCAUUUCUGGGAACGCGUUCGAGCCUUUAGCUCAACUUGAGCUUCUAGAACUGAACGACAAUAAUUUGGUGUGUCUGGAUAGGAAAUCUCUUAUGUAUCUAGGGAAUUUUAGUAGAGCCUUGCUCAGUGCGACCAAUGGUGGGGGAGGGGGGCACAAGUCGUCUACUACUUCUUCAGAUCAGUGUUUGGGUGAAUGGGAAGAGGCUGGGGGUAUAGGUUUGGCGCUUAAAGGUGCAUCCAGUCUCCGCGUAUCUAGUCCGACUGUCGCUACAGGUAAACUUGGUGGUACAAAUUUUAGACUUCCUCUAAUAAUAAUCUCUUCCGUGGCGGGUGCACUAAUUGUGAUGUGUUUUGUGGCUUGGGUAUGCCACAGAAUGAGACAUAAAAAUGAUAGAAACGAAGCCAAGUAG